AUGCCCAACUGAAACAGCUGCAGAAAGUUCAAGCAUUAAUGGCAAAACAGCCUAACAAUGUGAGAAUUCAUUUUGAAAUGGCAUCUUUCAGUGAUGAAACGCUUCUAAAAAAUCUUGUUGAAAAUAUAAUUCCGUUUGCCGAUUCUCUUGGAAUGAAUGAACAGGAGCUCCCUAAUUUGUACCAGAUGAUGAAAUAUGGGAAUGUAAGUUUACUUGCUGAAUCUCGCCCUAGAAUUGCAGCUGUUUUAGACCAGAUGAGGAAUGUAUUCAACUAUCUACAAGGUACCGAAGAAACUUCAGGUCGUCGAAAACUAACCAGACUGCAUGUACAUACUUUAGCGUUCCAAGCUUUUCUUGUUAACAAAGAAUCUCAGUGGAAAAACACAAAAGCAGCAGCAGCCAAGUCUGCUCUCACCGCCAACAGGCAUACAUGUGGAUCUGAUGAAAUCAAUAUAAAAAAUGCCAAACUCAUAAUGGAUGAUGCUUUUACAUCCAGUAUGCAACAGGAUUUCCGUCGCAUUCCAUUUGAAACUAAACAGCCAGUCUCUUGUUGGGAUGAAGAGGACUUAAUGUUUUGUGUAUCGCCUGUGCUAGUGUGUACAGAUGUCUUGCAGACUGGUGGAGGAGGUGAUAAUAUUUCUUCAGCUGGGCUAGUUUUACAAAUAUGAAAAAUUGUUUAACUUUUUGAUCAGUACUUCCCAAAGUGUUGAUAUCCAUGUGCCUAAUCAAAAAUUUUGUUUUUGAAAUGUUUGUAGAGACAGUUAAGCGUUGUCUCAGAAUUUUUAAAAACAGCAGAACAUAAAAACCUAAACUGCUUAGAAAUGUAACCUGUCACCUCAAAAACUUGAAAAAGAAAAGUUUUGAAGCUUAACCAUGUGUGGCAAAUGCAGAAUAUCAAUCAAAGUCUUAUAAAAGUUCAAAGGGUACAAGCAGCUAAGACUUUACAAUGGCCACAACUCACAACAAAGCUUGGUGAUACAAUAGUUUGGUAAUUGCUGAUCUUUUUACGUUUUUAUAUUGUUCAUUCGUUGGUAAAACAUUCCUUUUUUGUUGUGUCAUAGCUAUUUCAUGGAAGGACCAACAUUUAAAAAAAAAAUUCUGUUCCUAGUUGAUGAGAAAUCAGUGAAGCCCGUGUUAAAAAAUAUAUUUAUUCUUUUGGUAUCAGAUUUAAUUAUAGUAUGAAAUCAGUGAUUUAAAAAGAGAAAAUUCGUUAUGUUGAUUUUAACAGCAGCAUAUUAUGGGACUAGAUCCCAAUUAAAAUUGGACAAAUACAUUUUAGGGCUAUAACAGGGGUAAUAGUGAACUCAAGCAAAACUUUCUGAAGACAGUGAAAUUUUUGGAAACUAUGAGAAAGCUAGCCCCCCUCCCCCCCCCCCCCCCCCCCCCCCCUGUACAAACUCUUCAAAUAUGCAUGCAAAAAUCAUGGGAAAAAAACUUUAAAAUCUUUUUUUUUUCAAAUGAUUUUUCAGUUUCUAAAUGUGUUGUCGGCUCAAAAUUUUCGGAAUCGGCAGCCCAAAAUUUUUGAAUCACAAACACCCCUGGUUUAUAACGGCCCUUUCUUGUGCCAGCCAGGCUGGCAUUUUGGGGUCAGCUGCUUCACUUUUCCAACUGUGCAGUAAUUUGGUGCAAAGUCUGACUUCCACAGUACACCAUGCUAUAAAGAGCUGUUUAUAGUGUGGGCAACCAUUCCUAGCACAACACAUUUGCACAAAGAAAGGACAAGGACAGGAGAGAUAAAAACCAUCUAUGCCGAGCCAGGUUUCGAACCCGGGAACUCCCCAUGACAGUCCGACUUCUCUAGAUCACUAGAGAAGGCAGUCGGCUAUAAGGCCCCUUUAAUUUUGUAUAUUCAAGAUCCCUCCUCCCCUCCACUUACACAGUACUUAGUCAACUUCAUUUUCACUUUUAAGAUUUUAAAAAUCAUUAUUAAUUUUUAACCCAUCCUCUUUAGGAGACAGGGGGAUGGGCAGCCCUAGACAUUAAAUUUGUAUACCUACUAUAAUUUUAAAAAAAGUAAUCUCUUUUACACCCGUGUGUUACAAUAGAAAAUGUUAAAUUACAAUCGCUGCUUAUUAUUAACUAGAAAAUCGCCCGUCAGGGUAUGACGGGUCAAAAAUUGCUUCUACAUUUGAACAAAGCCAUUGCCUGUUUGGUGAUAUUUUGAUAGUUGAAAUUAUAAUCCCAGCUCCAGUGGAUCAAUCAUAAACUCUAGUAGAUAGUGUUCAUUGUUGACCACUUUUCGUUUCUUCAUUCUCCUAAAAUGAUUCUUACCAGUGAAACAGUUACAGAACAGAAUGAAUCCAGUUCAGCCUUGUCAGAAUAAAACAUUUCCGUGCAUGUCAAACAUUACCAAAAAUGUUAUCAAAUUAGCAGGCUGUGGUGUGAGCUUUAUUGUUGGUGAAGUCAGGAGCGUUACUCAAUCAGUGAAUUCGCUGUUAUAUAUAUGAGGAUUUGUUAAAGUAAAUUUGAUUUCUGUAAAGAACUACAGAAAUACUAAUCACACCCCGGCAAGGAAAGCGACAAACUUGAGAGAAAAAAAGAACAUUUGGGAAAAUCAAGGUUUUUACGCAACAGUAGUUUUAAGUGAUUUAGUCUCAAAAACCACAAUGCGCAUAAAACAAUUAUGAUGUGAUGUUCACUGGUUAGUUUUUGUUGUCUAAAUUAAUGAUAAGUACUUCAAGUUCAAAAAUAUUUCUCUAAAUAAUGAAAAUUCAAUAAUGUAUCACUAUUUAUAAAAUCCUUUUGAAGCCACCUUGCACCAUUUAUGUAAGCUAACUUAGUGGCAAGAAGGACCAUUAAAUUUUCGAUUUUAAACCACUAGUUUGUACUCCCCAAAUUUUAAGCUGUGUCUCUUUCCAUGUUGGAGUGCGAUAUUUUGGACAUAUUUACUCAAGAGUUGUUAAGUCAAUAAGUUUAUAAUAAUAAGAAGAAUUAAUUUAAUUUCCUUUUCAAAUGCACCUCCUGGUAGAAUACCGGAGUGUAUACAAUUUGGUCUGCAUUUUAUGAAGGUUCUUAUUAGUUAUGUUUUAAGAACUUAUGCAGGUUGUGAGAGAAAAUAGGACAAAACGGGGGGGGGGGGGGGGAGAUGUCCUUCCUUUGCUGUGCCUCUGCAUUGAAUGGAUGUGGUCUUGUUGCCAGGAGGAUCAAUGCAAACUUUUAAGUAAAUGCAAACUCUUGAGUAAUUUAAAUGUGUUUGUUUUGUUGAAAGUUGUAAAAUUCCAUUUUUUUUCACUACAAUUUUGUAUUUUUUUUUAAAAUAUUUUUAAGUUAGUAUAAUUUUGUAUUUAAAAUAAUUUAAUACAUGUAUUGAAACUGUAAAUUAUUUUAUUGACAUGUGAUUUUUACAUUAUUUCUCUUCAUUUAGUUCCUAAAAUUUCAUGAAAAAUAUAUUUUUAUAUUUACCCUAGAUUUUAUUUACCUUAAAAAGAUAUGUUGCUGAAUUGUUAGACAAUUGCAUUCAUAUUUGUAAAUCAUUUUAAUUCUAUUAUUGUUACACAUGAAAAAUGCUGCCUUAUGUAGUGAGAAUUAAUUCAACAAAAGCUACCACCAUUUUGUGUUUCAAAAUUUUAUAACUAUGUUUUUAAUAUCUUUGCUUAUUAAAAUGUUUUUAAAACAUUGCAUAAGGUAUGAAGUUAUGUAUCUCAGCUAUGCAGAAAAUAUUAAAUCCUUAU